UGCUUUGCAACUCUGCUCCUGUUUUGGAGGGGACCUAACCGACCUUUCAUUAUGCGUUUCAUUCAUCACCCCAAAACCCAGUUUCUAUUUUGAUCCCUUCUUUCUCUUCUCUUUCUUCAUCCAUUUCUAGCAUUUCUUUCUUUUUUUCUUUCCUUUAUAUUAUCUUUUCUUUAUCCUUUUCGCUUUUUGGUUUGAUUUUUGGUUCUUGCAGGUCUUCAGCGGUUUAUACAUAUAUAAUAUAUAUAGAGAGAGCGAGUGGGAGAGAGCGAAAGGAACACCCAAAUGGGAAAAUCUUCUUCUAGUAAGAGGAAGCGCUCUAAAAACUCCUCUCAGGGUCGGACAAAGAAGAGAAGUAAGACUAAGAGAAGUAUAUCAAAGAAGCUUUGGCGACAUGAUGAUUCAGAUUCUUAUUCAAGUGAUGAUACAAGAAGUCCAUCAUCUGUUUCCUCUAGCGCUGAGGACACUUACCAAGGUAGAAGGUCUCAAGCUAGGUCCUGCGCUCGCAAGGAUGUGAAGGGGACUAAAAGGAGGGCUCGCUCGUGCUCUUACAGCAGCGAGGAUUCUCGUCACUUGAGAAAGCAGAAAGGGUCAAGGAGACAAGAUGAUUCCAAGGCAAGGAAGAAAACGUCUAGGAACAAGAAAAAGAAUAAAUCUAGGAGAAAUGCAAGUGUUAGUUCUAGGAGUAGUGGGUCUUGGAGUUGUUCAACUUGUCAGAGUUCAAGCAGUAGUAGUGAUGAGAGUGAAUAUGAGAACCACAGGGGCAGGUCUAAAAGAAAAGACAACAAUAUAAGAAAACUGAAGAAUGUUAAGAGUGGAACUAAAAGGAGUAGAUAUAGGUCAAGGAGUUGUUCUUCUUGUAGUAGACAUGAUGGACGUAGUGAUUAUCAGAGUGAAGUGAAAAUGACUGGUGGGAACAUUUCAAAGCGGCUGAGAUCAAUUAUUACCCUUACAAAGGAGGAUGAGGAGGGAAGAGAGUUGGAUUGGGAUGGGCACAAAGAGGAGAUUAUAUAUGAUCAUGACGAUUACCCAUCUAGCAAAAGCAAUGAUAGUAAUGAUGGAGAGAAUAAGGCGGCAUCAGCUCAUCAAUCUCAUGUUGCAUUUGAUAAGAAAAGGUCCUUAGAGACUGAGGAAAUAGAAAGUACUUUUGGUUUAAACAUUAAGACUGCCAAACUCACAGACAGUUAUGAAGAGGGAGAUGACCACUAUGUGAGUAGUCAACCUGCUUGGGAUGGGAUUGCAACGAAUGAUGCUGUAGAGGAAAAGGAAAACGACAUAUGUAAGGCUUCCGGUAAUGUGAAUAGUGAUGAUUUGGAGUCAAUUUUAAGGCAAAAGGCCCUGGAGAAUCUAAGAAGGUUCCAGACAAAUGCAAAGGGUGCUGUUAAUCAGAAAGAUACAAGUAUCGUUACUCUGAAGUCACCAUCCACUGCAAAGGCUGAACUUAGUGAAACUGAGUCUCCCAAGGAUGAUGGUGCUCAAGGAGAUAAGAGAAAUUUUUCCUCUUCUGUGCAAAAAGAUGAGAAGAUUGUUGUUGUGAAGAGUGGCCGCAAUGAAUCUGCUCCUGCUAAGAACAAUGCUUAUCUACCCAACCAUGUGGGUGCUUCUGGCAGGGAAAAGGUCAGUAUGAGUUUUGGCUCUGGUAUUAACAAACCGAAGCUUGAUACAUCAGCAAUGAAACAAGCAUUAUCAAAUGCUACCACUGCUGCAGUGGCAAUGCCUGCUUCACAGGUAUCUAACAAGCCAAAACUGGUGAAUGCAAGUAGAAUUGGUAAACAUAAUGCAACUCCAGUAAGCGUCAAUGAUGAUAUCAACAUAGUUAACAACAUCUCUGGCGUUGCUUCUGCCAAGUCUUCAUCUUGCCAUGCACCUACAGGAAAAGAUGUUGGCUUGAUUAAAUUGCAAGAGGAAGUUAAGGAGGUCUCGCUGUUGGAGAACAAGUCGGUAUCUUCUGUGACACGACUAAACAGCAGUGGCCAAGGUGUCACAGUUAAUAAUGCCUCUAGUUCUACUUCUGCUGCGUUGUCAUCUCACCUCGCAACUGCAGUAAGAGACACAAGCUCAAAUAAAGUGCAAGAUGAUGGUAAGGAUGGUUCACAAUUGGAGCAGAAGACAAUGUCUGUGAUGCGGGGUGGGGAAAUGGUACAGGUAAGCUACAAGGUGUACAUCCCUAAAAAGGCUCCAGCUUUGGCUAGGAGGCAACUCAAGCGGUGAUGUUUCUGGUGCACAUCAUUUGUAGAAUGCUUGGCAUGUUGUGUGUUUUCUGGCUAUCACCAAACGAAUGGUGCUACUUUUCUAACAGAAUAUGACUGUAGAAAGUAAUUUUUAUUUUCCUUUUAUGUUGCACCUGCACUUGUUGAAAAUAAAAUGGCAUUGUAUCUUUCUUUUGACAAAUGAAUAUUUUACUUUAUCAAAUGUUGUAUUCGGUACAUGAGACAAACCCAUAAUUACUAGUGAAUUAGAUUCUCA